AUGGCUGGGAAGAGCAAAAACUGCGCUCAGCUGACCCAGAAGCUAAAUGUUCUUUUCCCUUUUUUUUUUUCCCUGUUUUCCUGUGAAUUUCAGGGAGACUCGUGUUCCUUCCGCCACUGUGAGGCCGCCCUGGGCAGUGAGACCGUGUGCACCCUGUGGCAGGAGGGUCGCUGCUUCAGGAAUGUCUGCAGGUUCAGGCACAUGGAAAUCGAUAAAAAGAGAAGUGAGAUUGCCUGUUACUGGGAGAACCAACCUGGAGGCUGCCAGAAGCACAACUGUGCUUUCCACCACACCAAGGGACGUUAUGUGGAUGGGCUCUUCCUUCCCCCCAGCAAAACCACUCUUCCAAGCCCCCCCGAGGCUGCAGAGGACGAGGUGAAGAUGGUGCAGCAGAACAAACUCUCAGUUCAAUCCAACCCCUCCCCACAGCUCAGGGGGGUGAUGAAAGUGGAAAAUUCUGAGAAUGUUCCCAGUCCCACCCACCCCCCAGUGGUCAUCAACGCUGCAGAUGAUGAUGAGGAUGAUGAUGACCAACUUUCUGAAGAAGGAGAAGAAUCCAAAACCCCAGUCCAGCCACCACCCACAGAAAGCCACAAUGGGCUGAGGGUGAUUUCCACCAGGAAAUCCAAUCCCAGUGCAAAGCCAGAUGACAACUUAAAUUUUGGAAUAAAAACCUUGGAAGAAAUCAAAUUGAAGAAACUCAAGGAAAAAGCCAAAAAACAAGGUGAAGGUCCUUCAGGAGUGGCUGUGGAUCCUCUCCAAACCCGGAGCAUUCCUGUGCCAGAGAAGGAAAAUGUCAGGACUGUGCUGAGAACUGUGACCCUCUCCUCCAAGGAAGGGGAGGACCCUGUGAUCCAGCUGAAUCUUCCUGACAGACUGGGAAAAAGGAAAACUGUCAUGGGUGGGAAAACUUUCCUUCCCCUGAGGAGAAACGUUGGGGACAGGCUGGGGAGGAAGGCAGAGCUGCAGACAAACUCUGACAAAGCCCCAAAGAGAGGCACAGUUCAAGUCCUGAAGUCCCUGAAGGAGAGGCUGGGGCUGCCCUCUGAGCAGAGCAGCACUGAGACAGACAAAUCUUCCAAACCCAUCGAGGAGAUCAGGGUGAAAACCCUGGAGGAAAUCCGACUGGAAAGAGCCAACCAGAGACGAGGAGAAACCCCAGGAAAAACUCCAGGAGAAGGAAAGAAAAACGAAGAUCCCAAUUUAGGAACCAGACCCUCCCCAACCACCCGCAUCAAAUCCCUGCCAGGAGCCCUGGCAGAAAAAAACCACAAAAGAUCGGGAGAGGAGAAGGAAAAAACCGAGGAAUUCCCCAGCAGGGCUAAACCCGAGGCCGAUGGCAGGAAACAGAACAUUCCUGCUCCAGCUGUGGCAGGCAGGGCACAGCUGGCAGAGGCUGGCAGAGCCAAGGGAGCCGCCGAAGUUCGCAUCAAAACCUUGGAGGAGAUCAAGAGGGAGAAGGCGCUGAGGAUGCAGCAGAGCGGGGAGAACGUCCCGGCCCCACCCGGCCCCACCCAGGCUGCCCUCAGGGGCAGGAGACUGCUCCGGGUCACCAAACUGCUGGCACCUGGAAGAGAAGAAAAAAUGAUUGUGGAGCUGAACAAACCUUCCCCCAAAGGGAGCUCUGCACCUGCUGAGAAUUCAGGGAAUUCUGGAAUUCAGGUGAAAAGCCUGGAAGAAAUCAUGUGGGAGAAACGUCAGAAACAGCUCCAGGAGGAGAAAAUACCCAAAACAUCUGGGACAAUUCCAGCUGAAAACCAGGAAAGCAUUGCAGCCAAAGCCAAGGUGUGCCUGAAGCCCCUGGAGGCCAAAUCCUCCCCCAAGCAGCCCCUGAAGAGGAAGGGACCCGAGGGCCCCCCCCCAGCUGUGGUGGCCGUGAAGCCACUCAGUGCCACCAGCAGGGACAGCCAGGAGCCCUCAGCCAAGGUUGUUGUUGCCACUUCUGCAGAGAACAGCCCAGGCUCCAACCCCCAGAAUUCCCAGAGCAGCCCCGAGCUGCAGGCUGGGAGCCAGGGGGAUUCCCUGGCACAGUCGGAGGUGUCGGGAUCUUCCUCCUCCUCCUCUUCCUCCUCCUCGUCCUCGCUGGAGGUUCCGGUGAAGCUGCGGCGCCUGAGCUCCACGGGCGCCGCCAAACCCGCCCUGUCCGUGGAGGACGACUUCGAGAAACUCAUCUGGGAGAUCUCGGGGGGAAAACUGGAAGCAGAAAUCGACCUGGAUCCAGGGAAGGACGAGGAUGAUCUCCUGCUGGAACUCUCGGAGAUGAUUGACAGCUGAGAGGGGGGGGGUUUAACAAAAAAAAAAAAAAGAAAAAAAAAAAGCAAAAUUCUCUCCCUCAACCCCCCCACAAAUCCUGUAAAUAUUGUUGGAUCCGUGCAGGAGAUCGUUUUCCCAGCUGGAAGCAACAGUUGGAGCGUUAGGAAUAGGCAGAGUCUGAACUCUGUUAUCCCGAAAUUCCCGGGCCGAAUUUAUCCCGGCGGCUCCUCCCACACGGGACAGGACAAAGCACUUGGAAUUCCCUCGGGAGAGGGACACGGAUCCCAUCCCCAGAGCCAUCCCAGCUCCCUCCUGGACACUGAAUCCCAAAAAUCCUGGAGUUACUAUGUCAACUCUGGAAUUCGUGGAUGGACUCGGAAUUGGGGGGGGGAAUUCAGGAAAUCCGGGUUGGGAGAGGAAGGGGCCGGGGCAGGAAUUUGGGAUUUUGGACCAAGCACUGCCAGGGGGAGGAACCUGACUCACAGAGAUCCAGGGGGAUCCUUCCUGAUGGCCCCGGGAUCCUGGGAUGGGCAGCCAGAAUUCCUCCUGAGGGCUGCCUGCAGGAAUUUGGGAAAGGGAAGAGGAGGAUUGCUUCAAGUGCCUCUCGCUCCUGAGGAUCCCUCCCUGCUCAAGGACUGGAAUGAGCCUCAAUCAUCCACCCGGGAUCAUUUGGGGAGGGUAAAAAAAGCACCUGGAAUGUUCCUCCUUGGCUGCUUCCCUCUUUCCCAGCCCCUUGGAGAUGGGAUUGGGUGGAAUCCCCGUGGUUUUUUUGUUGUUUUUUUGGGGGAUUUUUUUUUUUCUGUAAAUAUUUUAUUCUUCCAUUUUAUAUUUGUAUGAUUCUAUUUAAGGGAUUAAAGGUAGGCUGCUCACUCUGGUGUCUGUGCAGA